UGAAGAAUAAUUGGACUAUGUUUCUGGAAAGAAAGCUGUCCAUUGCUAAAGUUUCACCCACUCUAGACCGCCCUUCCAUCCCCUCCCAUCCCAAGCAAACAAAACAUUCAAGUAUGACAGCACUAAGAUCAACAGGGUCUCACCACCCCACCACUGAACAGAAAACCAUUCCCAGCCCACCUUCCCUACCUUCCUUCCUUCCUCUGUCCCGCCCGACAGAAAACGGUGGCACAUCGCACAAGACCAACUUACUGAAAAGAGGCGUCCCCACCCCUGCAAGCCACAUUUCUUCAAUCCUGUAAUACUGUAGCUAUAAACCAUGCGCGCUCCCCCGCUUUGCCCGGUUCGAUUCUCACGCUACCUUUAUUCUUCUUUCUUUCUGAAUGAUGAUGGAAGAUGAGGGAUGCUAAUAAAGCGGACGCUGUGCAUGUUGAUCGGAUUUCCUACGAACGGGAAAAGUUCGAUGGGAGGCCUGAGGCGGUGGAUUUGAAUCUCAAUCUUGAGGGGAGGAUACAAAACCCCCUCCAUGGCAUCUCGCCCGCGACCCUGCUCCGCGAUGUAGAGGACUUUGCGCAGAGGCGGGGAUUGGUGGAUGUACUGCCGAUGUUAAGGAAGGGGGCACUGGUUGCGAGGGACCCCGAGAAUUAUGAGGAUAUUGAGGGGGAGGAGGCCCUGGGUGAGGAGGAGGUGGAGGCCUUGCGGGAUGAGGUGUUGCAUAAGUGGAGGCAGCCGCUGAGUCUUUAUUUGACUAUUAUUAGUUGUUCGGUGGGUGCUGCGGUGCAGGGAUGGGAUCAGACUGGAUCUAAUGGCGCAAACCUCACUUUUCCUGAAGCUUUCGGGAUAGCCUCUACCUCGACUCGCGAUUCGUUUCUCGUCGGACUGAUCAAUGCCGCGCCAUAUGUCGGAUCAGCGUUCCUUGGCUGUUGGCUUUCGGAUCCAUUGAACAAAUAUCUGGGACGAAGAGGAGCUAUAUUCGUCUCGGGGAACUUUUGUCUGUGGUCGGUACUGGGAUCAGCUUUCACUAAGACGUGGCCGCAGUUACUUGUCUGUCGAAUAUUGUUGGGGAUUGGAAUGGGUGCAAAGGCAUCUACUAUACCGAUAUAUGCGGCGGAGAAUAGUCCUGCGAGUAUAAGAGGAGCUUUGGUAAUGAGUUGGCAAAUGUGGACAGCAUUUGGAAUCUUCCUCGGCUUCUCUGCCAACCUCAUCGUCGCUAAAGUACCCUCCAUCUCCUGGCGUCUGCAACUUGGCUCUGCAUUCAUUCCCGCCGUCCCUCUUGUCCUCUUCGUCUAUCUCUGUCCCGAAUCUCCAAGAUGGUACAUGAAGAAAGGUCUCUACCAAGAUGCAUACAAAUCCCUUCUCCGAUUACGGAAUACACCUGUUCAGGCUGCGAGAGAUUUGUAUUAUAUCCAUGCACAGUUGGAGCUUGAGGCCGAGAUUAUUGGGCAGCAUACCUACAUGAAGAGAUUCAUUGAGUUGUUUAGUAUUCCGAGGUUGAGGAGGGCGACGUUAGCGGCAUUUACGGUUAUGAUGGCUCAGCAGAUGUGUGGGAUUAACGUCAUUGCAUUCUACUCGUCGAAUGUCUUUGUGAGAGCGGGGACGAGUCAAUUUCAAGCUCUUUGGGCUUCGUUUGGAUUCGGACUCACGAACUUCAUCUUUGCCUGGCCAGCUAUAUGGACUAUCGACACAUAUGGACGUCGAAGUCUCUUGCUCUUCACGUUUCCGAACAUGGCAUGGAGUCUACUAGCAGUUGCAUUAUGCUCGCUUAUUCCACCGUCGAAUAAAGAGGUGCAUGUUGGGUUAAUGGCCUUCUUCAUCUACGUCUUCGGCGCAUUCUAUAGCCCAGGCGAAGGUCCGGUCCCUUUCACGUACUCCGCUGAGGUCUUUCCACUUUCUCAUCGUGAAGUGGGUAUGGGUUGGGCCGUGGCAACAAACCUCUUCUGGGCUGCUGUUCUGGGAAUCACUCUGCCAAUGAUGUUGGAUGCGAUGGGCAUUGUGGGUGCCUUCUCUUUCUACGCUGGACUCAACGUCCUAGCAUUCUGCAUGAUCUUCCUCUGGGUUCCAGAAACCAAACAACGCACUCUCGAAGAACUAGAUUAUGUAUUCGCCGUCCCUACUCGGAAACACAUGCAUUAUCAAAUCACAAAAGCACUUCCAUGGUGGAUCAAACGCUACAUCCUCAUGAGAAAAGGUCCCACUCUCGAACCUCUAUAUCAUUUCGACUGGCCAACAGGCCAAGCACGGAUCGAUCAAAUCUGCGAGAUUGAUAGAGCUCGGGCACGGUUGAGAGGGAUCGAAUUGUUGCCCGGUAAACAGACGCUUUCGCAGACAUCUGCUAGCCAUGCGAGGAUGAAUUUUUGAUUUUGCUUGGGAAGCGUGGAGUUGGUGUUUGGACAUGAGUUCGUCUAUGUGUACGCGCUAGACAUUUUCUUGUUUCUCGCUGUCUUCAUGAUCUAGAUUGAAAGUAAGAUUGAUUAUAUCUACCGUUUCCAUAUACCGAC